AUGUUUUUUCUGUUGUUAUUCGUCUCCCUGUUGACAGCUAUAGCGAUCUAUGUUUGGCGAUUCUACGAGAACACGAAACGCUAUCCAAAAGGACCGCGGCCCUACCCUAUCGUGGGAAAUCUGCUUUCGCUAAAUAUUCGCAAAAUACACGAGGACUAUGAGAAAUAUUCCAAAAUAUAUGGCAGUAUAUUCACUGUUUGGUUACCAAGACCAUAUGUGGUUAUCACUGACUACGAACUUGUCAAAGAAGCGUUUUGCGAAAAAAGCACAGGAUGUUCCUCUUACACAUUAUGUCUAUCCAUCCAACAAGACGAGGUUAAUCUAAGAUGGCCAAUUCAGGUUUUCAUCGCGAAUAUCAUCAACAAAACGUUGUACGGCUUCAGUUACGAAUACGACAAUUGCGAUCGGUUAAUGAAAGUCGUUCAAGCAUUCAACACACUAUUUGAUGCAUCGAAAGACAACAAGUUGGCAUUGUUUGGCCAGUUGUUUCCAUUCAUUUAUGAGUUACCGGUGAUUGGAUACCUCGCCAAAGGACGUUUCGAAGAAUUUCUAGAAUUGCCGCGUCGAACUAUCAGAGAGGAUAUAGCGCGUGCUCUCAAAUCGUAUUCUGUAGACCAAGAACCUGAAUGCUUCGUGCAGGCCUAUUAUCAAAGGAUGCAAAGCAGUUCUCAUCUGAACCAGGAAAAUCUUCUGAAUGUCUGCAUGGACUUCUUUUUGGCUGGCAUGGAAACAACUUCAACAACUCUAAGAUGGAGCACUUUGUUUCUGGCAGCCAAUCCUGAUGUGCAGGACAAAAUACGUGCUGAGAUCUUAUCCGUAAUUGGUCGAGAAGGGAAGCCGACGUCAUCAGAGCGACCAAAAUUGCCCUACACA